UGUGGCAAAAAUAGUGUGACACAAAGUAUUGCAUGCGAUAAGAACUGAAAUAAUUUCUUUCGGGAUCCCUGUUUUUUUACCCACUCUUCUCACUCGUACAACAUGGCGGUCGGAUAGUUUUAUUUUGUCAACUGUCUUCUAUUCUACACGUUUGUAUUGGUAUGGAAGGGUACCAUGACCACUGGAAAGACUUCGUACAAGAGCAUCUGUUGAAGUAUGGGGUCAUAGAUGGUAUUAUACUAACGACGAAAAGAGGAGAGGCAAUAUAUUCUCAUGGAAAGAUGAACUCAAUUGAUCAGUCUAAGCUUGGUCAGUUUGUGCAGAUGUUUAGCGUAUCAACAGAAGAACAAGAAUUAGCUGCUUGCAAAAGAGGAUUUGUGCUCUACAACAUGGAUGGUAAAUCAACACACUAUAAAGUUUAUCACAAGAUGCCCUGCAGUGCAUACUGUACCUCAGGUGGUAAUAGCCAAGGUUUACUGGUGUGUAACCUGCCCUAUGGAGUUCUUGUGGCAUCACACCCAGCCCAACAAACAAAUACUAUGGUUAUAAAUAUUGUUGAAAGGGCUUGCCAAUUGCUUAGGGCAUAAGAGCUUUGAAAUACAGCCUCAUUAUUGCGAACAGAGUGGUCCUGGAAUGGUCUUAGGGCUUGAAGUACAACCUAAUUAUUGCUAACAGAGUGGACUUGGCUUGGUCUUAGGUCUUGAAGUGCAACCUCAUUAUUGCUAACAGAGUGGUCUUGGAUUGGUCUUAGGGCUUGAAGUACAACCUAAUUAUUGCUAACAGAGUGGUCUUGGCUUGGUCUUAGGGCUUGAAGUGCAACCUCAUUAUUGCUAACAGAGUGGUCUUGGAUUGGUCUUAGGGCUUGAAGUGCAACCUCGUUAUUGCUAACAGAGUGGUCCUAGGAUGGCCAUCAUAACAUUGCUGUUUUGCAUCAUUCCCAGCCAGGAUCUGUCCUUAUCAUAUGACCAUCAGGCUUAGAUCAGACACUUAGCCUGGGUUUGCUGAGAAGACAGUUCAUAGGUGAAAAAGUGGAGAAUUUGUUUAAUCCUUAUUAAGCAUGAACACUUUAUGGUAUAAAAGAGAUGUAAAUCCCUUAUUCUGUAUUAAGAAAUGACAGUUUUAUGGUAUAAAAAAUGUAGAAGAACUUUCAAUAGGAUGUUUAAUGUGGUGACUUGCUUGACCACAUAGUUUCAGAAGACAUUGUGCUACCUCUUUCUUUAAUAAAUAAGCUGUUAUUAUGAGUUCA